GUGUGUUCACAGGGUCAGUUUUCUGAUAUUUUAUUUGCACAUAUACCACCUGUGAUCAUUUCAAUACGGGCCUUCAUUACACUGAUACCAGUCGAGAACCAUUUACUUUCGUUCCUAGAACUAAACGCUGCUUAAUCAGAUUACUGCCUAGAAUGGAACUUUCAAAAGAAGUGGAUAUUUUAAUCAUCGGAUCGGGUCCAACUGGACUUGGGGCCGCCACUAGACUCCACCAACUAAACCACGAAAACUGGCUAAUGAUCGACGCACUUGACAAACCUGGUGGAUUAGCAGCUACCGACGUCACACCAGAAGGAUUUUUAUUUGAUAUAGGAGGGCACGUGAUUUUCAGCCAUUACAAGUACUUUGAUGAUCUCUUAGAUCACGCGUUAGGUACAGGAACUGAAAACUGGGCUUUUCAUGAAAGAAUUAGCUACGUUUACACCAAAGGGCGAUAUAUACCGUAUCCUUUCCAAAACAACAUUAGUCAGCUUCCUGUAGAGGACCAGAUAGAAUGUAUUACUGGCUUAAUCGAAGCUCAACUAGAAUCUGCUACGGCUUGUGGUAAACCCAAGACUUUCGAUGAAUGGAUUCUCAGGGUUAUGGGCAAAGGGAUUGCAAAUAUUUUCAUGAGACCUUACAACUUCAAAGUAUGGGCUACUCCCACAACUCUUAUGCAGUGUAAGUGGCUAGGAGAAAGGGUGGCAACUGUCGACGUUAAUCGUGCAAUCAAGAACGUUUUGUUGAAAAAGGCAGAUGCAGGAUGGGGACCUAAUGCUACUUUUCGGUUUCCCCAACAAGGCGGAACUGGCGCCAUCUGGAAGGCAGUUGCAAGUCUACUGCCAAAAGAAAAAAUUAAAUUUAGCUCCAAAGUUAUAGCCCUUAACUUACAUAAAAAAGAAGUUCGACUUGAGAGUGGGGAGAGUUUUCGGUACAACAAGCUGCUAUCUACAAUGCCUCUUGACUACACGCUUAAGCUUGUUGGAAAGCCAGAACUGGCAGAUCAACUCAAACACAAUAAAACACAUAUCAUAGGAAUCGGACUUCGAGGACAUCAGCCUCGUGUGCACGCAAACUGGAUUUACUAUCCAGAAGACAACUGCCCCUCUUACAGAGCAACCAUUUUCUCCAAAUAUGGGGAAGGUAAUGCUCCGCCAGCUGAUCGACUUUUGCCAACUAUUCAAAUGGGAAUUACUCCUGUAAACGACAAUAUUGUGGCACCGGGACCAUAUUGGUCUAUUAUGGUGGAAGUAAGUGAGAGUGAACACAAGCCAGUCAACAAAGAUACCAUUGUAUAUGAUACCAUACUGGGUGCAAUCAACGUUGGUUUAAUGGAGUCUGAAGACGAGAUUGUGUCAAUUCAUUAUCGAAAGGAAAAUCAUGGUUAUCCAAUCCCUCACAUUGAUCGUGAUGGCGUUCUAGAAGUGGCACUCCCUUGGCUUAAAGAUCAUUCAGUCUGGAGUAGAGGGCGCUUUGGAAGUUACAAAUAUGAAGUAGCAAAUCAAGACCACAGUUUAAUGAUAGGAGUAGAGGCAAUAAACAAUAUGUUGUAUGAAGAAGAAGAGGUUAGUCUCUGUAGACCGGACUACGUUAACAAAGGAUCCGUGAAAAACAAAAUUAUAUACGAACCCAAAAUGAAGCAAGAAUAGUAUAAAAAUUUAGCUUAGAUUCACAAACUUCUUUUACUACAAUUGUCUCUCAAGUUUACGGGCUGUGCCUUUAUGAAACCUUGGUGUUAAAAUAAAAAACUGGUAACGUUGUU